AUGGCCACGCUUCAACUCGAACAUCCUUCAACUCGAGUCAGAUGCGACCAAGACAACAACGACUCGACAGACAGCUACUGGCACUUUGACUGUCGCUGGACAUUCAUUCCCGCUUCAGCUGACCCGACCGGUGAAAGCGUGCACCAAACUGGCACCGGAUACAGCUCUAAUAACGCUGGCGAUGGACCGGAAAAGACCCGUGACCGGAAAAGUUGGUUCCCUCGUUUCAAGUCCAACUGGCUGGGCACGUUCCGUUCCAAGCAAAUGUUCCCCUGCUGUGAGUGCGCAGUGGUGUCUUCUCCCAGCAACAGCUCAGUCUUGACUCAAUCUGGACGCUACAAGGGCGCCGAGGGCAAGCACUGCCGGUGCGGGAAGGACCAAUGGCACUAUGCCAAGUCUGUCGAGGAGGCCGAGUACAAUCGUCGCAUGGCAAUCAGCAAGGCUCUUGGUGGCAUGCGCUACGACGAGGCCGUGCUGCGACUGCGUAGCAUGGGCCAAUCCGAGCUCGACUUUAAGCCGUCCGAGUUCACGGCCGACCAUGAGUCUCCUCCACAGCAGCGCAGCAUCCGUGACUUCACCCCGUCGUCCUUGUCUUCGUCUUCAUUAAGUUCCAACCCGCCCAAGCGAGCUCGGAGUGUGUCAAGCGGCCCGCUCCCUGCGUCCACCUCUCGAUCAUGUGCUGCACCGCAGCUCAUGAAGCCUGAAUUACCAACGUUGUCUGCAAUGCCUUAUCAAGCUUAUGGCUACGAGAACUCGACUAAGCAGUACGGAGCCUACAAUUCCGGGUACGGCAACAACAGCAUCGAGUAUGCGCUAGCGGUGCAGCCGCAACCAAAUGCGUACGAACAACUCACGCCGGCGCCCUUUGGAGAUGAAGAGGGUUUUGGUGAGCUACUACAGGGCAUCCUAGAGGACGAUUCUCGAGUUGCAACAGGUACCAAUAUGGGUCCCAAUUUAAAUCAUUCCAACUCGUUUGCGGCCGGCCGCAACUGCUAUUACGCUGGAGCUUCUAGCAACCAUGUCGCCCCGCUGAAGCGAACAAUGAGCAUGCCGUCGUACGCCAUGACAUCAUCCUGUUCACCUCGCGAGGUCGGCGUGGAGCAGGCAUACUAUGCUGAUGCGAAUCGCCGAUCGAGCUUGAAUCUGGGUGUGCCAUCAUUGUACACCAAUUACCGCCCUGCACCACACCAGCAGCCUGUGUUGCAGCAGUUUUCUUAUCAACAACAACAGCAGCAGCACCCACACACGGAGCAGCAGUACAGUCGGCCGCUGUCCAUGACGCCCAGCAUGGCAACUGUCACUUCGACCUCAUUUUCAACAUGA